UCUCAUGUGUAGAAACCUGCCACUAUACGGGAAGAAGAAGAAGAAGAAAGGCGGAAGUCCGUGCUGCCUUGUAGAACUCAGUGACCGAGCCGGGUUCUCUGACAGACUGAACAUGUUGUCAGUGAAUACUCUCCGCAGAUUCAGACCCUGUGCUCUCUCUAGGGCUGUAAACUUCACCCUCACCUCCAGGCUCGGAGCUCCUCCGCUCAGCGCGUGCUGUGUGCGGGGAGAGAGGCAGCUGCACGCGGGCAGAAGGUCGAUCCUCGUGAGUAACAACAAGGUGAGAGACAACAAGGUGCAGUCCCUCUGUCCCUCCAUCAUCAGGUGUGUUUCCACUGCGACCCCCUCCACAGAUGGACAGCUGGUUUACAUUGGUAACCUGGGCAGCGCUGUGAGAGGAGUGAAGACGUUCUCGUACACCACCAGCGGGGCCAGCCUCAUCAUCCUGCCUCAAAUCCUGCUGAAGACUGGGCUGGGGGUCCAGAGCUUUGCCCUGCAGGCCGCCUUCUGUGGAGUCAUCGGCUUCUUCACCUUCCUCACUCCGGUCCUCCUCCACGUCCUCACUAAGGGCUACGUGGCCCGCCUGUACCACCACCCGGACACGGACACCUACACCGCCGUCACCUACAGCGUCUUCCUCACAGAGAAGAAGAACGUGUUCCACCAGGACCAGGUCCGGGUCCCUGCCGUCAGUAAGAUGUUUACCACCUUCUACGCAGGAAACUCAGGUCUGCUGGUGAACCCAGACCUGUUCCUCACCCCUCAGGACUACAACCACCUGAUGGGCUACGACAAGCCCUUCAGCUUCCACCCCGAGGACAUGAACAGACCUGAGGACAGCUGAGACUCUGCAGGGUCUGUGUCAGAGCCUGAAUCAUGUCCACAGGACUCUGUCUGCAUCCUGAAACCACAUCCAAAGAGGACUUACAGGGAGCACUUGGGUCUGAAACCUGGGCCUUAUUUCUGACCAUGUUUCUGACGACACGUUGGUACAACAAGUAUCAGAACAGGCUGUAAUACUUGGUGGAUCAAAAGAGGUCCACAAAGGGGUCCUGGUUUUGUUUCUGACAGGCUCAGAGUGUACCCUGAACACUGAUUAAAGCAGAGUUUGGUGAUUUACAAAUCAUUUAAAGUCUGUAUUUCAUUAAAGAUGGAGCAGAGAAAACAAGUCAGACGUUCAAACUAGAAGUUUUAUUGUAUUCAAAAUAUCUGCUCAUAAAUCUGAUGCAGCAGCAUGUUUCAAUCAGUCGGUACAGAGACUUGUUUCCUGUUCAUCAGCUCUUCUUGAACAACACUCUGUAAACGUUGGUGAACCCAGGAGACCAGGUUCUGGACUUUAAAGUGACAUGUUGUCCCAGUCUUGCCUGAUAGAGGAUUUCAGCUACUCAACAGGUCAGGGUCUUCUUUGUCGUAUUUUUGGUUUCCCCAGAGAAGGACUUUUGUUAAAGAGGGAGAUGAUUUCUUCACUCUCUACAAACACACCAGACUGUGUUCCUAAAAAAACCCCAAAUAUCUUCCCAACAGGCCUGUUUUCUGUGUUUGUUCAUUAGAAUAAUAAAUAAAUUAUAUCUUCAUAUGA